UCAAACUGCGAUUUUCCAAAACCCCAACUCUUCAAUCUGAACCAGUAUCUGCUCAAACUGCUGCUCCUCCCGUUACCUCUGAUCUUUCCAUCUUGUCCAGCGUUUUUCGACACUGCUCUUCUUGUUUCCAUCUCCACAUCCUCUGUCUCCUGUGAGACGCGCGGUUCGCCAGACCAUCGCCCACACUGUGUGUCACCGGCAUCCUCACCAAUCUUUGAGCGCCAGAGUCAAUCUUAGCCACCGCCAGCGCAGGCCAUGAGCCUCUGGCACGAUUUCCAUCUUCCGUCUCCCUUCAUUGGGUAUUCUUGCAGCCAGAUUUCCUGUCGUCAGAUGCGUUGUUUUUCUUAAACCAUGGACAGUCGAACAGACACGUCUUCAUCAGGCCGCUUUGCCGGACAAUGGGCUUUUCUUACGUCGUCUUCAAAUCAUGGACAAACAAGGUCACUUCCGCAAACCUCGAGCUACCUGCGCAGCGACCGUAGCAAUGUCUCGCCAUUCCUGCAUAUCCAGCAACUCAACGCCUCCCGAUCCAGUUUGUCCAGAAAUGCCCAGACCAGGUCGGUGGGCGGGCAGAGCACCACCACCAUUCCUUCUCAACCGGUCCUCGUUCGCGUUCAUUCUGCCAGCGCCUCUAUCCAAAUCCACCCUGAAACACGGCCCAGGAAACUCAAAGAGAAGAUGAGCAAAGACUCUGAAUUGCCAGCAAUUCAUGAGUACAGCAUACGAGGCAUUCUGGCAGCAGUUCAUGAAGAGGUGGAUGACGAUAUCAAUGCAAUAUCUGAAAUCCUGGGGAGGAGCAGACUAGUUCUGGCCGACCAACAUGAAAGCCACUUGCCUCCUCAAGGUGAGAUCAGAGCUUCUCAGAAUCAAUUACAGGUUGUGGCGGAAGCUGGCAUAAGCAACGAAAGGCUGACGCCGGCGGACGAUGUGCUCAUUCUGACAGAAGACGCAAGUCUCGUGGGGGAAAGUCAUCCAGGAUCUUCCGCUUUUGGACUCAUGGAAAGAAUGCAAGUAAAUCCACGCCGCAUGGCCGGAGUGUCUGAUGCUGCAGGGCAAGCCGUUUCUCAGCCUCCGUUCACGUCCAACUGCCACCAACCGACGCCUGAGAUGUCGCCUGCUGCUGGUCAAGCCCAUGACCGAGCUGCUACAGCUGCGGCAGCACAGUCAUCUCGACGACUGCUUUCAAGCCAGCUCCGGGAAAGUCAAGAUGUUCGAUCGUUGUCAAGAAGCACAGAUCCCGUGGUAUGCGAGACCUACCUAUCCCCAGGUGCAGAUUCAGUCACUCUGCCAGACCCAUCCCCAGUACCCGGAGACGUGCCCUACACGCUCGACGGCCAUGAUGGCAAUGAACUUUUGGGCGAUACAUUGCCUGCCACACCCCCACGCCGGACAUUUCUUAACCGGUUAUGGUCACUGGUACCAACAGAGGACAUCACCAGACUGUUUUCCUGGACGAAGGGUCGAAGAGAGCGUGUGGUGACUGCAGAAUCCCAGUUGAGAGAUAUUAUGGACCGGCAAGAACAGAGACACCAAUGAUGCAACGAUUUUUACGAUAUUAACGAUGUUGACGACAAUAAUGAUGAUUUAUACUACUAGCUAUUGAUUGAUUUUAAUCAGCACUGUCUUGGUCUCCAAGAAAUUGUUCAGACUGUGUCCGAGACCUUCUCUGCCGCUACCACUGCUCUUGUAUCCGCCAAACGGCAUGUCUUUAGCGAGCGUCGGACUCGUGCAAUUGACACCAACUGUACCAGCUUCCAAAGCCUUCGCAAAUCGCAUAGCCCUGUUGAUGUCGGUGGUAUAAACUGCCGCGUACAACCCAAACUCACUAUCAUUCGCCUUGGCGAUGACCUCUUCCUCUGUCUUGAAAGUGUUGAUGUUCACAACAGGGCCGAAAAUCUCUUCCUUCAUGAUGACUGCAUCUUCGGGGGUUCGGAGGAAAAUAC